AUGGCAGACCCUUCGGCACCGAAUGCGACGGACCCAGCGGCGAUGGCGGACCCCUUCGCGGGGGUGGACCUCCCGAGCUUAGAUCCCACCUACGGCUCGUACCUCAUCGGGACCUACCUUGGACUCAUAGACUCAACGUCGUGCGCGAUGUUCCAGGAUCAUUCAGACGCUUCACGCAACAGCUACUAUGCAUUCUUGGUGAGUGACGUCGGCCUCGAUCAUGUCGAUGCCGCACCUGAUUCCACGCCCAGCUACUACUACCUCGUCUCUCAUUAUUUCCAACCUGAAGUCUUGCAAAUCGGCGUUUGGUCACUCAAUGCGACCCCUCUCAUUGUCGGAGUGAACAUGAUAUUUUCGCAACUAUUUUUUGCGCGGAGGGUUUAUCUGAUGGGAAAGCAGUACCGAUACAUCGUCGCGAUCGCUGUCAUCUUCUUCGGAGUCGAGCUUGCGUUCUCAAUAGCUGCUCUUGUGAGCGUCAUCAAGAUUUCGUCCUUUGGGGAACUCGACCAAGUCAACCAUCUGCUUGCUGUAACAUUCGGUGCUGGGGCUCUGGGUGACACCCUGUUGUCGGGUUCCCUCAUCACUGUGCUUUACCUGAGUCGCAAGAAGGGCAGCGGUCGCCGCACGGAAAUGGGCGUCUUCGAAACGAUCCUCGUCUAUGUGGUCAACACGGGUCUACUUCACGAUUGCCUUAACAUCCUCUCUCUCGCCGUGGUCCUCGCAUACCCCAACUACCUCAUCCACGCCAGCAUCAGCAUAGUCACGACUCGCGUGUACGCCAACACGCUCCUUGCUGUCCUCAACUCGCGGAAGCUGCUCUACAACCGCGGCGUCGAGUUCUUCGAGGACAGCGGGGGGCGCGGCAUGACGAACAUCAUCGCGCGCGCGAACCGUCUCGCGGAGCAGGAGCGGUGGAACGUUCCGCAGGUUCCUGACGAUGCGCCGUCCGUUAUCAACAUCAAAGUCACGACGGAGAUGGGGGGCGACGACCGCAAGAGCUACGUGCAGUAG